UCUCAUUCUGCCAUGGAUUCCAUCAUUAGAAACCAGACUACCUUCGCCCAAAUUUGGGCCCUUGAAGAAGCAACCUGCAGCCCACACACUGGAAAUGAACGACCUCCUGGCUACGAUGCCAUGCUUCAAAGCCGGCGCCUUCUACCAGUCCACGAGCGGUACAGCGAGAUUCUCGAUGUGUAUCAACAGUCUCAAAUCAUGAUACUAUCGGGCGAGACUGGUUCGGGCAAGUCAACUCAAGUCCCCCAGCUGCUCACCUACGAUGAGCAUCCCAGUGGUCUCCAGGUUGCAUGCACCCAGCCACGACGACUUGCCACCAGGGAACUUGCGAGCCGAGUAGCCGUUGAAAUGGGAGUUACACUGGGUGAGGAGGUUGGGUACAAGGUCCGGUCUGAGCAGCGGUUUGACGAAAACGACAAGAAGACCCGGCUCGUCUACCUCACGGAAGGUGUCCUCCUUCGCCAACUCAGUCAUGACAGGAACUUAUCGGCGUAUGCCUGCGUCAUCAUUGACGAGGCCCACGAGAGGAGCCUCAAUGCUGACCUGUUGAUGGCAUUGUUGAAAAAGGUGGUCAGUCGCCGCAAGGAUUUUAAGGUGGUAAUCAUGUCAGCGACGAUGGAUGCUGCUUUUUUCCAACGCUACUUCAACAAUUGCCCGCUGGUUCAAAUACCAGGACGGAGGUUUCGAGUUGAGACCUUCCACGUGGAAGCCCCGGUGUCAGACUACAUCGCUGCCGCUGCUGCCCUUGUGAUGCAGAUCCAUAAAGGUUCGGAGCCGGGUCACAUCUUGGUCUUCCUUCCUGGAAAAAGUGAAAUUGAAGAAGUAUGCAAGCUACUCGAUGACUUUGAUCAGAACCUGGAAGUCCUCCCCUUACAUGGAUCGCAAUCGAGUUGCGAACAGAGCCAAGCUAUCAACUGCCCUAGCGCAAACCGGAAAUGUAUCGUGUCAACGAACAUCGCAGAGACUAGUCUAACCAUUGAUGGGGUUGUGUUUGUUAUCGACUCUGGCCUGUCACGCCAAAUGAUUUUCAACCCACGGGGUCGCAUGAACAUGCUCGAGCUACGAAGCAUAUCCCAAGCAGCAGCAGCGCAACGUGCUGGCCGUGCUGGACGGACAAGAAAUGGCUUCUGUUACCGGCUUUACACCAGAGAGGCUUUCAAUCUCAUGGAACCAACAACUGAACCAGCUAUCCGCCGCGAGGCAGUUGACUCGGUGAUUUUAGACCUUGUCAACGCGGGCUAUCGCAAGAUCGCAGAUUUUGACUGGAUCGAUGCCCCUCAUCCUGAGUCUCUCUUGAGAGCUGUCCAAGACCUCAAGGAUUGGAAGUUUCUAAGAACCGAUGGCAAGCUCACGACGGUAGGCAAGCUUGCCGCCAUGUGCCCACUGGAGCCAAUUUGGUAUCGAGCCAUUGAGAUUGGGGCAGAUCUUGGUUGCUCCACGGACAUCGUUGACAUCGCUGUCCUAUGCAGUUCGCAGAAACCGAUUUUUCUUCAACCACUGGGGAUAGUUAGGGUUGCACGCGCGGCUCAAGAGGCCUUUAUGCGUCCUGGGUCAGAUCAUCUUACUCUGCUGAACGCCUUCAGAGCCUUUAUGCACGCUCGUCGCUCGUUCGAGGGACAGGAAGAUUCGGAAAUGGCUCUUCGUCAUUGGUGUUUGGUGAAUUUUCUGAGUAUGGAAGCACUGGAGGAAGUCCGCUUGGCUCGCCAAGCAGUUGGCAGUUUUCUACACACCAACACCAAGCUUACACUAUCUUGCGCCUCAAUCACAGAUGAGACAACCAUUCCGAAGACAUUAGCAAUUGCUUUCUUCACUCAUACCGCCAUCCAUCGCACCGGUGACGAAUACCGAACAGUCCAUGAGAACUUUCCCGCGCUCUUGUCUCCCGAUAGCGCUUUGGUGGGUGCCAACUAUGAAUGGGUUGUUUACACGGGUUUUCUCUUGUCCGGAGGGAGGCAGUGCUUACAACAAGCCACUGCAAUCAGUGCAGCAUGGAUAAUGGACUUGCCUUUCUUCCAAGAAGCUCGCCUGCCCAAGAGGAGAGAUGGCACGUUCAGACAGGGAUCUGUCCAAGAGGCUCUGGAACGCGCCAGGUCUUCUACUCAAGCUGCCACUGAGACAAAAUAA